CUAGAUUGCGCAGCAGCACCAAGACUCAAGGGAAGAAUACAAUGAAUCCAAAAUGCAUUACAGUAACCUAAUAUGAAACAACAUCUAAUAAAAACAAUUUUUCCAUGGCAUUUGUUCAAACAACGUAGGCAAUAAAAGAUUUUUUAUUCAGACACACGUUAAGGCAGUUUCUGCUGCUGUGUGCAGCUUUGACACUCGAGAACACAGCAGACACAAUCGGGGACAUGGGACCGUGAAAGUAUGGCGGAUGCCGAGGAGCCGGAGAAGAAAAGAAGGCGAAUAGAGGACCUGACUGAGAAAAUGGCUGUAGAUGGUGGACACAGGGACGGGGGUUGCGACUGGGACGGCCGGUGGAAUCAUGUGAGGAAGUUUUUGGAGAGACCCGGCCCGUUCACCCAUCCUGACUUUGAGCCAAGCACUGAGUCUCUACAGUUCUUGUUGGAGACAUGCAAGAUUCUGGUCAUUGGUGCCGGAGGACUUGGAUGUGAGCUCCUCAAAAACCUGGCCCUGUCUGGAUUUCGCCUUAUUCAUGUGGUUGACAUGGACACGAUUGAUGUGUCCAACCUCAACAGGCAAUUCCUUUUCCGAUCCAAAGAUGUUGGACGACCAAAGGCAGAAGUUGCUGCCGACUUCAUCAACACUCGUGUCCCUGGAUGUAAAGUGGUCUCUCACUUUAAGAAGAUCCAAGACUUUGAUGACUCUUUCUACAGGCAGUUCCACAUCAUCGUCUGUGGACUGGACUCCAUCGUUGCCCGACGCUGGAUGAACGGGAUGCUGAUAUCCCUCCUGAGCUACGAAGACGGAGUCCUGGACCCCAGCACCAUCAUCCCUCUCAUCGAUGGAGGAACGGAGGGCUUAAAAGGAAACGCUCGUGUCAUUCUGCCCGGCAUGACUGCAUGCAUCGACUGCACAUUGGAGCUGUACCCGCCACAGAUUAAUUUCCCCAUGUGCACCAUUGCGUCAAUGCCUAGGCUCCCAGAACAUUGCAUUGAAUAUGCCAGAAUCUUACAGUGGCCCAAAGAAAAGCCGUUUGGAGAUACCAGCUUAGAUGGAGACAACCCAGAGCACAUCCAGUGGGUGUUUGACAGAGCCAAAGAAAGAGCUGCAGAGUUUAACAUUACAGGAGUGACAUACAGACUCACUCAAGGCGUUGUGAAGAGGAUCAUUCCUGCUGUGGCAUCAACUAAUGCUGUUAUUGCUGCUGCCUGUGCCACCGAGGUUUUUAAGAUUGCUACAAGCGCGUAUAUUCCUUUAAACAAUUACAUGGUCUUCAACGACGUGGAUGGACUGUACACCUACACCUUUGAAGCUGAACGAAAGGAAAAUUGUUCAGCAUGCAGCCUGGUGCCUCAGGAUCUUCAGUUCUCUCCUUCUGCCAAAUUACAGGAGGUUUUGGAGUACCUUACAGAGAAUGCCUCACUACAAAUGAAAUCCCCGGCUAUCACCACAACUCUGGAAGGGAAGAAUAAGACACUGUAUUUGCAGUCGGUAAAGUCCAUCGAGGAACGAACCAGGCCAAACCUCUGUAAAACAUUAAAAGAGCUGGGCUUGUCAGAUGGGCAGGAGCUGGCUGUGGCUGACGUCACCACGCCUCAGACGGUUCUCUUCAAGCUCAAUUUCACCACCUGAACGAUUCUUACAGCACUCUGCACUGGCGACAGAUCGACUGCAUCUCAAACGCAGUAGCACAUUUGAUAAUGUAAAUAUUACGAGUGAGGUCUCACUUGUGGGAUUUUUCGGUUGUCACAUGACGAUGGACUCAUUUCUCAUUUAGGAUUGUUUUUUUCUAUAAGGAACGUUGCUUACUUCUUGAUGUAUUUGUCCUGUUUUGACUAUAUUGUAGCUAUUUCCCUGUAAAUCAAAGGAGAAUAAUGAUGUGCACUAUAUGCCCUAAUAAAGUUGUAUUAUCAUGGUUGUAGAGGAA